AUGCCUCCUCCUGGUGUGAUUCUGAACAUUAUUGAGCACCGUAGGAGGGCUGAAGGAGAAGGAAGCAUUGAAAACCCUGUAAAGUUCCAUGGGCAAGACUUCCACACACUGCGCCAGUACUGCCUGCGCAACAGGCUGAGGUUCACUGAUGGCACCUUCCCCCCAGACAGCAGCUCCAUUGGUCCUGGUAUAAUGGAGGACCAUGAUCUGGCCAGGGUGGUCUGGAGAAGACCAUGGGAAGUUGUGAAAAACCCACAUUUAAUUGUAGAUGGCGUUUCAAGGUUUGACUUUGGCCAGGGGAGAUUAGGUGAUUGCUGGUUUCUGGCUUCUAUUGGCGCAAUGACAUUUCAGAAGAGAAUAUUGGAACAAGUGCUGCCAACUGACCAAGGAUUUGGAAAUGAUUAUGCUGGAAUCUUCCACUUCAGGUUCUGGAGGUUUGGAAAGUGGGUGGAUGUCGUGGUUGACGAUAAGCUGCCGACCAUUAAUAACACAUUCAUCUUUGUUCAUCCGAAGACUGCCGGCGAGUUCUGGGCUGCCUUGCUGGAGAAAGCCUAUGCCAAAGUGUGUGGCUCCUAUUCCGACAUGGCGAUUGGAUAUUUGUCGGAGGCAAUGUUGGACUUCACUGGGGGAGUUUAUGUGGGAUUUAACCUAAGAAGACCACCCCCAGACCUUUGGGAUAUCAUGCACAGAGCUGUAAAACACAUAUCCCUAUUGGGGUGCUUAACUCCACAAGGGCAAAAGUCAGGAAAUGCAGUGUUACCCAAUGGCUUAGUGACCGGUCAUGCCUAUGCUGUCACUGGAGUUACACAGGUGAUAAGCUAUGGCCAACCUGUGAGGCUGGUGAGAGUAUGGAACCCAUGGGGCCAAGCAGAAUGGACCGGAGACUGGAGUGACAGAUCUUCCUUGUGGCAAUCAGUCAGUCUGGAGGACAGGGCAAGGUGUCUGCAAAUAGCUGACAAUGGAGAAUUCUGGAUUUCUCUUGAUAGUUUUCUGAAAAACUUUUGCAUACUGGAGAUUUGCUGUCUCUCCCCAAAUUUUUUGGAUGAUUCAAAGUGUCGCUGGGCUUCUUCCUUUCAUGACGGCAGAUGGGUUGCAGGAGUUACAGCUGGUGGAUGUAUUGAUCAUAUAGAAACCUUUUGGACAAAUCCUCAAUAUCUGGUGACAGUCACUGCAACUGGACCUCAGUACACUGAACAUCAUGGCCUCAGAAACACACUGGUGACCCUUAUACAGAAAUCAGACAAAACUCAUCGACACCUUUCUCCGAAUUAUGGCAUUGAUUUUUACAUUUAUGUGGUGCCGCCAGACUUUCAGAACCAUAGGCAGAAAUUUCCUUCAUCCUUCUUCUAUGGCCACAACCCUGUUGCAAAAGCAGAAAGUUUCCCAGUUGCUCGAGAAAUGACUGCAUACUUCCAGCUGAAGCCUGGGAAAUACAUCAUUGUGCCAUCAACAAAGCAUCCAAAUGAAGCCAGCUCUUUUGUGCUGAAAAUAUUCUCAAAGCUCUACAUUUUGGCAGAGGACUGCUGUGCACAAGGUCAUCUGGACAUCAGCAAGCACUUGGGAGCACAAAUUCCAGCAGCCCCAGAAGAUGGGAACUCUGCCAAGAAAAAGUUCAGCUGUUCUGAGAGGCAUGAGAUGGAAAACUUUCAACAUGUGUUCUCCCAGUACCAUGAUCAGUAUAUGGAAGUCAAUGCCGAACAGCUGCAGAUGCUUCUCAAUGAGAAGGUAAUCAAAGGACUGACAUUUCAAACAGGAGGCUUUGCUUUGGAUACCUGCAGAAGUAUUCUUGCAAUGAUGGAUCUUUCAGUCACAGGAAAACUGUGUAACGAGGAAUUUUCACGUUUGUGGAAACGAGUCCUGUACUACAGGGACAUUUUCUUAAAGUUUGAUGGUUCUCACUCAGGAAGGCUUCCCCUAAAUAAACUGCGCAGCGCAAUCCACGCAACAGGUUUCACAGUCAGUGAUGGCUUGCUCAACCUCAUCGCCCUCCGCUACAGUAGCUCUUCUGGAGAACUCAGCCUAGAGAGCUUCAUCUUCCUCCUGCUGCGCUUGGACUGCAUGGACAAAAUAUUUCGAAACCUGUCCAGUGGAAGUGGCAUACAUCUUCAAGAAAAGGAGUGGCUGUACCUCACCAUCUACUCCUGA